AUGAGUGCUUUCGAUUCUUUGUCCGAAUUGGAAAAGCUUGCACUAACCUAUAAAUCGAAGAUAGAACAGGUAUACGAAGGUAUAUACCAAAAUGAAAGCGACUUAUUGACUGAUAUCUUGCACAAUCUGAUUCCAAAGGUGAGUUCUAAAGAUGUGCAUAUGUUCUGUAAUUCUAACUUUCAACCUGUAGCUGUGUUUUCAUUGACUUUGUUUUCUUUUCAGAAUCACCCCGAAGCAGUUAAAUGGUUACAGAAUAGGUUGAAUAAUUGUUUAAGUCACUGUAGGCGCUGUGUUACUCAAUUUGUGAAGGGUAAAUCUAAGAUGAUACAGCAUUUUGCUGUGAACAGGCGUAUUGCACACACUAAAGUUGCAAGUUUCAACGAGUUAAUCUGCAUGUGGAGGGCACAUGUUGUUUUGCCUAUUUUUAGAGACUUCAGUGCAAAUGGUGUCACCCUUCAAUUAGUUCUAUCAGAAUACGAGGUUUUGAUGAACCCCCAGAUGCUUAGAUGCUCUGCGGAACUCCAACAUUACCAUGAAAUUGUCUUCAAAAGUCUCUAUGGUAUGAAACACGAACUUUUGGACUUUGAUAACCCAAAUGGUAUAACGAGCUUUGUACCUGGGGUCGUAUAUUCAUAUAAUAGCGGCUCUCCAGAGCAAUUUCUUUGGGCCCAAAAAUUCUUACAGCAUUUAUUCGACACCAAAUACUUAAUCACUAUUGAAAAUAUUACCUGUGAAUUACUAGAUGAAUUGAUGCAUCAUGUUAUUAAUAUACAGACUAAGGCCAAUGGGAUCCCCCAUGCGAAUUCAAUUGGGUUAUUCUGGUGCAGAAUGUGCCCCCUUUUUGCAUUGAUGCAUGUGGAAGUUUUGAAAGAGUAUUUUAUUGAAUUCAAAAACAUUAAAUCGUUGAAGUCUGCCAUAUCAGUCCCGAUAGAGUCUGUCUUUAAAUUAUUCUAUCAUCAUUUCAUAAUGCAGUUAAGACCAAAGCCAUUGGAUAUACUCUUGCGAAUUUUAAAGCUUUUUUUGGAAAAGUUUGGUGCAGAGUUCUGGACCCUUGUUCAACCUUAUACAUUCCAUAGUGUUCCUGAUAUUUUAUUCAACGGUGACUUCACAAAUUCAUUAAUAAGCCUUCAAAGUAAGCCUAUAUGUAAAGAAGGCCCAGACACCUGGUUACAUGCAGAUGGAUCUGUUUCUGAUCUUGUGAUGUGGACGCUGCCGUAUUAUAGAUCGUUGUCAAAGGCAUACAAGAUCCAGAUGGUUAGAAAGAUUGCUUUCGGCUUUUUAGGUGUGAUAAAUUCAACACCUCAAAUUCAAUCCGUCCCAAAAGGAUUAUUGGUUAAUGCAGCAACAUUAUUAUUAAACCAAGCCUUGAAAGUAGAUGAGGCGAGUAGAUCAUUAUUAUAUUCUUCCGAUGGCAAUUUUGAAACUAUAAUUUUUACCAUUGCCGAUGUUAGGACUCCUUUGAAUAAUGAAGCUACAUUAAAAAUAAUUGUCGAUACUGCAAACAAUCCCUCUGCGUUAUACCCUGGGUUUCCUACAGGAUCUAUAUCCAAUUCUGCGAUGGAAGUCUUAGCUAACUGUAUUAAUGUUGAUAUUUUAAAUUUGUGUGAAACCACUUACAAAUUAUAUACAGGAAAGCAUCAAAACAAAAAAACAGCACAUGAAGUAAAGGUUACUACGGUGUUAAUAUCAAGGCUAGUUGCAGCACUAAAUUUCCGGUCCCAAACCGACGCAACCAAUAAAGUUGCAGCAUUGUUUGGUUCCUUACGAAAUGUUAAUGGUUUACUAGUUCUGCAAAACCAUCAAGAUACCCAUUCGAUGCAGCAAAAUGCUAUGGUCAAAGAAUACAUUGAGCUAAUCAUAAAAUUGAUUGGUAAAUGUGCCGAUAUUUCUCCAACCACUAUGAGUACUGUAUUAUCCAUGAAAAUAGCUACUCAAGGCUUUUGGUCAUGUAUUUUUUCUCCGUGCCAAGAUCUAUACCAGGAAGCUACAAACUUAUUAUAUGAGACGUUUGACGUUGAAGGACGUCUCGAAGGUUUCCAAGAGUUGUUCAAUCACAACAUGACAACAAAUCUACAGGCGGUUUGCAUGGUUCUAAGCCAGUUGAUCAAGAAUGAAUUUUAUGAACCAUGCCCUAGAGCGGUUAGAGUUUUAAUGGACGUUAUUCACGUUUUUAUGGAUCCAGUUAGUGGUAUGUUUGCAAACUAUUCCACUUUAAAAACAACGGAAACCGAUACAGCUUUAUUCGAUUUCUGGAAAGACACAUGGAACUUCUUGGAUAUGAUAUAUCGCGUUACUUUGAAUUGGGCUACCAAAUACCCGUAUACUGAAUUGGAAAACUUUACUAAGGACACAUUAGAUGUCAGCAAUUUGUUAAUGAAUUCAUAUAGAGAAUUUGCAGAUAUUUUAACGAAGGAUUUUACCAAUAACGAUGAUGAUUUAUUCAAAUGUGCUAUGAGCCCUUUUAAACAUAUGUUAUAUUGGUUGAGAUUAAGUGAUGAAGACUUACUUGCAUCUUGUGUCACAUUGAUUGUUUCUGCAUCCGAUUUGUCUAAAGAGAAGAACUUUCAGUUUGACGAUGCGUUGGUUCGUGAAAUGGCGUGCUAUGCUUGCAAGUCGCGGAAAUAUUUGAAUAAAUUAACUAGCCAUCAAUCCAGUGAUUUGCUUUCUCGAGCCAAGUACUUCAACGAGGCAUUAACUGAUUCAAUAAUCCAGGAAGUAGAAAGAUACAAUAAAGAGAAGGAACUAUCUAAAAGGGAUCAAUCUCCUGAAAUAACUAGUAGCCGUUCUGGUACCCCCAGUGUUACCCAGAUGGCGCUGCCUCAACAACGUGUGGACUAUUUACAACGAAAGGCGAUGGCAUCUUCUAUUACAAGUAGACCUAAGGGCCAAAGUUCUAUCACAUCAUAUGGAUCGCUUAAAAGAGGAUUUAUAUCGGCCCCUUCCGCUCCUUCAAAACCGCUAUCAAAAAUGGAGCUUGAAAGAAGAAAGCUGGUCGCUGAACGUGUCGUUCAUCCUCCAAGUCAAAAUGUUUUCAACCCACGCUCUGGUAGAAAGCACUUAAAAGUACACGGAGAUGAUGAUAGUAGCAGUGAUAACAGUGAUAUCGAUGAUGCCAAUGAAUUGUUUGCAAUUGCUAAACCGAAGCAGAGAUAUACACCAGUUUUGCUUGACAUAAACGGUAAGGAGAUAAAGGCCAAUGGGUCAAAGGUCGAUCUGAAAAAAUUGGAAGAAGAACAUAUGAGAAAAAGGUUAAAUGUAGAUUUAAACCCCUUUUACGACAAAGUGUUACGUUGGAAUUAUACGAGAAUUUCUGCAUAUCCAGAUGAUAAUUCUGAGCAGGAAUAUACUGAUAUCGAAGAUCAAUUCAGGUCUUCAAAACAUUAUCAGAAGGUAAUGGAGCCUUUAUUGCUACUAGAAUGUUGGCAAGGAUUGUGUGCAGUUAGAGAUAGAGAGAUUCACAAGGCAUUCAGCUUUAUUGUUGGUAACAGAACAGUGGUAUCAGACUUUUAUGAAGUUUACGCUUCAAUUAAUAAGAAAGUUGUGCAGCAAGCUGAGAUUAAUGAAGCGGAUAUGAUUGUUCUCGGUCAUUUCCCGGAUUCAAAUCAUCAGAAAACGCUGACAAAUGAUCAUUUUAAGAAGUCCCAGAAUACCUGUUUGGCAAAAAUCCGUAGCAUCAAGAAUGCAAAAGGUGAAAAUAUGGAUCUAACUCUUCGAAUUCAUCGUAGUCAUAGAUUCUCAAACUUCUUAACUUUGAGGACUGAAAUUUACGCUGUUAAAGCUAUGCAAAUGACUACUGUAGAAAGAGAAUAUACCUCAUUACAAGGUUUGCCAUAUUAUGAUCUUGUCUCCCAAAUUAUAACCGCGAAGCCGACUGAGGAGCAGCAUGCGGAGGAUGCAGAAGUUGAAAAAGUGAAAAUUAACUAUAAAUUGAACACAUCGCAAGCAACUGCUGUUGUUAGCACCGUGAAAAAUCUUGGGUUCUCCUUAAUUCAAGGACCGCCCGGUACUGGUAAAACCAAAACUAUUCUAGGUAUCGUAGGCUAUUUCUUGUCGACUAUUAGAGUAUCGCCCUCUAACGUUAUAAAGAAUCCAACUCAAGUGGGAAACAUUUCUACAGAGCAACUUCUACAGAAGCAAAAAGUAUUAAUUUGUGCACCGAGUAAUGCUGCUGUCGACGAACUAGUAUUGAGAUUAAGAGAGGGUCUAACAAAUUUCGAAGGUAAGCAUUUUAAACCAAAGUUAGUUCGUGUAGGUAGAUCAGAUGCUGUAAAUGCUGCAAUUAAGGAUUUGACGUUGGAGGAACUAGUUGACAAAAGGGCUAUAACCCAGUCCCUUGAAAUGACACAUGAUCCAGCUUUGGAUCAGAAUUUUCAUAAUGCAGUUGAUGAGCGCAGAAAAUUGAGGGAUACAAUCAACAAAGAAGACGGAUCACCUACCAGUGUUUUGUCUACUGAUCAGAUAUCUAAAAUCCAGUUAAAGUUACGGGAGCUGAGUAAGACAAUAAAUGAGCUGGGUAAACAGCGUGAUGAGCUAAGGGAAAGAAAUUCCGUGAUUUAUAGAAACAGGGAGCUAAAUAAAAGGAAAGCUCAGGCUCGCAUACUUGCAGAGAGUGAUAUUAUUUGCUCCACUUUAUCAGGAUCUGCCCAUGAUGUUUUGGCUUCAUUGGGGGUAAAAUUUGACACUGUAAUUAUUGAUGAGGCCUGUCAAUGUACGGAACUAUCAAGCAUAAUUCCAUUGAGAUAUGGGGGUAAAAGAUGUAUUAUGGUUGGUGAUCCAAACCAAUUACCUCCAACGGUAUUGUCUGGAGCUGCCAGUACCUAUAAGUACAAUCAAUCGUUGUUUGUUAGGAUGGAAAAUAAUUGUAAGCCACAUUUAUUAGAUGUUCAAUACCGUAUGCAUUCUAUGAUCAGUUCCUUCCCAUCAUUAGAGUUUUAUGAUGGUAAACUAAAAGACGGUCCGGAUAUGGAUAACAUUAAUCAACGGCAAUGGCAUGAAACCCAACCAUUUGCCCCUUACAAGUUUUUUGAUAUUCUUACUGGUAAACAACAGCAGAAUGCUAAGACCAUGUCUUACGUGAACUAUGAUGAAUGUCAAGUUUCUAUUGAAAUGGUAGACAAGUUGUUAAGGCUAUAUGAGAAAAAAGUUGAUUUCACAGGGAAGAUUGGCAUUAUAUCUCCCUAUAGGGAACAGAUGCAAAUGAUGAAGAAAGCUUUCAGAAGCUAUUUUGGAGGAACUAUUUUCACGUAUAUUGAUUUUAACACUAUUGAUGGGUUUCAGGGACAAGAGAAGGAAAUUAUUAUUAUAUCUUGUGUUCGUGCAGACGAUUCAAAAAAUAAUGUUGGCUUUUUGAAGGAUUUCAGACGUAUGAAUGUUGCAUUAACCAGAGCAAAGACUAGCUUAUGGAUAUUGGGUCAUCAUAAAUCUCUAUGUAGGAAUAAAUUGUGGAUGAACCUAAUUUCUGAUGCGAAAACACGGGGUUGUUUGGAACUUGCCUGCCCUGGAUUUUUAGACAAGCAUAAUAGAGGUGCCAAGGAGAUAUUACAGAGGUUUAAGGACCAUCAUGAUCAUAUUGGAUCAUCUGAGGCAUAUCGUUCGGUACCAGGUAAUUCCCUCAAAAAGAGAAAAAAAGGGCACACUUCUGGUCCUACUAAAAGGCUAAAGGCUUCAGAAGAAGCUGAAUCUGAUGACUAUGAUCCAGUUGCAGAAUUUAAAAAGGAGAACCAUAAAGAUCCAACAGGAGAGCAAAUGAGUGGUGGAUCUGUUAAUUCAGUUCCUGAAGUAUCGAAGAACUCUGAAUAUAACUUAAAAAGGGCAAACUCCGAUGGUGGAAUGAACGAAAGAAACCCGAAAAUGUUCAAAGUAGAAACAAAUACUAAACGUUCAGGAAUUAAGAAGAAAUCAUCUAUUUUUGGUAGUAAUCUGCCUAUUUCAUCGAUUGUUCCUGUCAUUUCUUCUGAUCCUCACAUUUACGAUUUAAAGGAGAAAAAAGGAGCAACAAUCAAGUCUCAAUGUCCACCCAACUACAGAGGGUCAAGGCGGGCACAAUGGAUCAGGAUCUAA